GUGUACGGGUCGGUUGGCCAGAUAGGAACUGUGGCUGUCCUGCUGCUGCUACUACCGCCACUCCACAGUGUUUCAGAGAGAGAAGGAGAGAGGGAGGGGGGAAGAGAAGGGGAGAGACAGGCAGAGAGAGAGAGCUAAACAGUAGGCCUCACCAAAUAAAGCCAUGGACGCUUGCGUUUGGACUGCCCCCUGCACACUAUAAAUACGCUAGCCGCCUGGAGGUUCGGGUUUGGUGGCUGGAGCUCAGGACCGGGGAGCGGUUGGACUGACAGGCGUUUGAACCGGAGUUUUGAACUGCAGUGUCCUUCACGCGUGUCACCAUGCCAAGGGUGGACGCCGACCUCAAACUGGACUUCAAAGAUGUCCUUUUCAGACCCAAAAGGAGCAGUCUGAAGAGCAGGUCUGAGGUGGACCUGCAGAGGACCUUCACAUUCCGUAACUCCAAACAGACCUACCAUGGCAUCCCCAUCAUUGCUGCCAACAUGGACACCACAGGCACUUUUGAGAUGGCCAGGGUGCUGAGCAAACACACACUCUUCACCGCCAUUCAGAAACACUACUCUGUGGAGGAGUGGAAGACAUUUGCAGCCAACCAUCCAGAAUGUAUAGAGCACAUAGCCGCUAGCUCAGGCAGUGGCCAGGCAGACCUGGAGAGACUGUGCGGUAUCCUGGAGGCAGUGCCUCUCAUCAAGUACAUCUGUCUGGACGUGGCUAACGGCUACUCAGAGCACUUUGUGGAGUUCGUCAAAACAGUCCGGAGCAAGUUCCCCAGCCACACGAUCAUGGCUGGCAACGUGGUAACCGGAGAAAUGGUGGAGGAGCUAAUCCUCACCGGCGCUGACAUCAUCAAAGUGGGCAUCGGGCCAGGUUCCGUGUGCACGACGCGCAUUAAGACCGGGGUCGGUUACCCCCAGCUCAGCGCGGUGAUCGAGUGCGCCGACUCCGCCCACGGCCUCAAAGGACACAUCAUCUCAGACGGAGGCUGCAGUUGUCCCGGCGAUGUGGCUAAAGCAUUCGGGGCCGGGGCGGACUUCGUGAUGAUGGGGGGCAUGCUGGCGGGGCACGACCAGUGCGCCGGUGAGCUCAUCGAAAAGAACGGGAAGAAGGUGAAGCUGUUCUACGGCAUGAGCUCUGACACCGCCAUGAAGAAGUAUGUGGGAGGCGUAGCAGAAUACAGGGCCUCGGAGGGGAGGACGGUGGAGGUGCCUUAUAGGGGCGAUGUGGAAGAUACCAUCCGGGACAUCCUGGGGGGGCUGCGCUCCACCUGCACCUACGUGGGAGCGGCCAAACUGAAGGAGCUGAGCCGCAGGACUACUUUCAUUAGAGUCACACAGCAGUCCAGCCACAUGUUCACCUAGCACACACACACGCACAUAUACACAUACACAUACACACACAUGAGUACCCACACACGCACACACACACACACACUGAAGCAGCUGAGCCACAGGACUACUUUCAUUAGAGUCACACAGCAGUCCAGCCACAUGUUCACCUAGCACACACAUACACACACGCACACAUACACAUACACAUACACAUACACAUACACAUACACACACAUGAGUACCCACACACGCACACACACACACACACACUGAAGCAGCUGAGCCACAGGACUACUUUCAUUAGAGUCACACAGGAGUCCAGCCACAUGUUCACCUAGCACACACACGUGCACAUACACACAUACAAAUGCACACGCACACAUACACACACACACUCAUACACACGCAUGCACACACACAUAUACACACACGCACACACACACAUACACGCACACGCACGCGCACACACGCAUGCACACACAAAUGCACACGCAUGAACACACAUACACAUGCACACACAUUCACACAUUCAAACACACAUGCACGUGCACACAAACAUAAAAGCAUGCACACAUGCAUGUACACACACACACGCCAACAUUUCCCAAUAUAUAGCAAGAGGAACAUCUCUCCUGCUGUGUUGAAUAUUAGACUUUAUAUUGCUAUUCAACAUGUUCUUCCCAGGUGGAACUAUACAUUCUUUUUAGAACAGGCUCUACAUGGACCUGAAGAAUACAUACACCCAUCCCUUAGUUCUUAUUUUAUGUAAAAACAAAUUAUACUGGAUUCUGCAUUUUUCUCAGGACACUUGGCAACUUAAACGUCAAUACAUGCCAUAUUUUAUUAGAAAAGCAUAUCCAGUUGUUUAUGGAGUGGGCAUUUGUGGCAAAAUGCUGCAUAGCACACACUGAAAGCAUGAUUCAAACCCUUUAACAGACAGCUUUUAUCUGAGCAUGUGCAAUGGCAUAUAUAAAAACUGUAACGGACUUAUCUUGUCUCAAGACAAGCUCUCAAUGUAGGGAAAAAUAGGGGAAAACCAAGCCCUGGGAACACCGUUCGGAGAGGCUUCCGGAAGUUUCCCUGGAGGAAUGGGAAAGGACCCUGUUGAUAAUUCUGUUCGAGGUCUUGGACCUCGUUUGACAAAAACCAAGCGUUAAUGAAGCCACUUCUGUUGUGUGGCUUGCUCCCACACUGGGUGUGCUGGGCAAUGCUAAUAAGAAUGCUAAUGCUAAUGGAAUGCGGUAAUGAAUGUACUGUAGGCAUCUGAAAUGUUACAUUAAAGGAACAACUAUUUAAUCAUA